AUGGGCACUAGGGAUGAUGCAAGGGUAGUCCAUGUCUCUGUGGAGGAUCAAUCGGCUGUUCUUGUUGAGGACGUGCACGACUGGCUGCGAAUCAUUGGCGACGUUGAGGAAACAAAGGUGCAGUACGACACGGCGCGGAGGUGCCCCUUUUACUGGGUGCGGUUUAAGCACGCUUCCGCGGCGCAGCUCGCGGUCAACUAUCUUGACGGGGAAAAACUGAAGAACCACGUCAUUCACAUUUCUUCGAAUGUCUACGCCAAGCGACUACCUGCGGAGGUCAAUGCGGAGGAUCUUGCACUUGCUAAGAGGGCGGAGGGGGAGCAGCAGGUGGUGGCAAACCCAAAUAUGCCGUUGAAUCAUCAAAUGCCUCCUGAUCUGCGGAUGGACACGCUGCUUGUCGACAGCAUACCCGCGCUGCUGUCGACUGCCGCAAAGGACAGUGAGCACCACGGCCUUGUUCGGCAACUGCGGCAGCUACAAGAGUCGUACUGCCACGUCCAGGAGGCGAUUCGAGAGGCUGAAGGGUGCAUUCAAAAAACAGAUGAGGAGGUUGGGCAACUGCUUCGAGGCAGUGAGGCAUCAUCCGGCUCUGUGGGAACUGGCAGCUGUGAGAAGGUGCAGGGCGUCAGAGUCACAGAGUUUACGCGAAGCAGACGAAUUAGUAAUGCUGUCCAAAUACCCAUGACGCUUCUUGACCCAGCAGGCUUAAUUGUGAGGUUUACCCGGCACAUUGGGCCCGUGACGGAUUACUCUUUCAGCGUCUCUCUGGAUGGACGAUCAUUUAGAACGAUUGUGGAAUUUUUUCACGAGGAUGACGCGGUUCAUGCAUUACAGCUUUUGAAGAGGGACGGGAGUGGUGGGGCUGCAAUUCCUGCUGCCAAACGUCCCCGCUUGGAACGUGACGCCGAAGAGGCACUGUCUCCUUUAUGUGCGUUUGACUGGGGUGAGGAUGCUUCGGUGGACGCGCUCCGUCCACUUGAUCUCGCCAUUUGUUGCCACGCCGCACACCUUCAGGCCACGCAUGCUCUUCAACGGUGCUUACAGCCAGCGGCUUCGAGUCGUCACUCGGGUUGUGUUGGAUGA